AUGUUGAAUGCUGACCCAGGAAAGAAGAGGAGAGAGAAAGAGGAGGGGGGGGAAGAAGGAAGGAGGAAGACGUUUGAGAGAAGAGGGAAGAGGGAGGAGGAGGAAAGGAAGAGAAAAAGAAUGGGGAAAAGUGGUGUGGGUGUAGAGAGAAGCGCGCCAGGACGUGGGCACAAGCCGAUGGGCGAUUCGGGCGAUCGCUGGAUCGCGACAGUGAGGCGGUCGUGUCCAGCGGCGGUGUUGGCGAUUUGGGCGACGAGCGGCGCAGCGACAACAGGGAAGUGGGAGGCGGGAAAGAGGGGCUCCCUCGGCGGGACUGACGGAGGGGGAAAACAAGCGAACAGGCCAGUCCCCGGAUUCGAACACGCACUGGGGCCCAUAAUGCCACUGUCUUCAUUCCCCGACAGCCAAUGGUUGUACCCGUUGCCCAUUCUGACUAACGGCGUGCCCGGGCUAAACGGAACCUGGUUAGGACACGUCCACCUUUCCUUCGGUGACCCAUAUUUCGAAAAGAGACAAAAAAGUUCAAGGAAAUAA